AUGUCUGCUCCUUAAAUUAUAAUUGAGUAGCAAUCUUAACUUAAUAGUCCAAUUGAAGUUGAUGGAGCUGUUUAUGUAGCAGCCUAAAAUGGAGAAAUAAUUUAAUACAAGGAUGGAUAAUAGAAAGUAUGAUUUACAUUCUCAAAGCAGACAUUUUUUCAUGUAGCCAGUCAACCACAUUCAAUAAAAAUGGAUAAUAAGAAUAAGGUCUGUUAUGUUGCUAACAUGGCUAGAUAAUGCAUUUAGAGGUUUAGUCAAGAUGAGAAUAACGAUGAAAUUAUUGAUUUCAUUAAUGAAUUUGAAGGGAUGCCACUUCUUGGGCCUAAUUCACUUUUACUCUCUCCCAAAAAUAGUAUUUCACAUGAUAAACAUUAGACAUGAUAUUUUUUACUGACUCUGGUCCUUUUGGAGAAACUGCAAUAGAUAACUGUAAAGGAUCAUUGUUUGCAGCUGAUUUAGAUAAUCUAACAUGCAAAGCAUUAGCUUUAUAUUGCCUUUCAUUUCCAAGUGGAAUAUGUAUGGGCAACGAUCAAAAAACAAUUUACUUAUGUGAAACAGGUAAGAAUAGAAUUCUAAGAUUUGUAUAAGCUAAUGCUGAAAUUUAUUACUUUAGGUAUCAUAAUCUAUCUUAAAUAGUGUUUAUAUUCAAUUUUAAGGAAGGUUCGGUCCCAUGGCCUGUGCUGUAUCAUCAAAUGAUCUCUUGUAUGUCGCUAGAUAUGAGUUCUCCUAAGUUACCGACGAUGGACUCAUCAGCAUAUAUAAUUAGAACGGAAUCAAUAUAGAUAAUAUCGUACUACCUCAAUAUCCUGAACUAACUGGCAUGACUUUCUCUGUGUAACAUUAUUGUUAUUAACUUUAGCUAAAAACCUGGUGUAUUGUACAUAACUGAGAAUUCAUAAAAGGGAAAGUGUUUACAGCUUAGUGUUACUCCUUCAGACAAAAAAGAUAAAGAUAAGUUUAAGUGAUGCAG